AAAUCCACAUGUAUCACUGCUCUCUCGUCCCAUAAAAAACUAAUUUAAAAUAAGAAAUGACAUUUUUCAGUUAAUAAAUCUAGAUACGAACAUAUUCAGAUGAAAUACUUGUAAAUAAAAAGGAAAAAAAAGGAAGGAAUUUGAAAGGAAUCAUAUUGCGGUGAUAGAGGAGAGACAAAAGUGCACAGCUAAGCUGUUUUAGUUUAGUAGUGCAGCAGUUGCAGAUCUCCCCUCAUCUCCAGCUUCUCCUCGUCGCCGGAGCUCGAGAUGGCCGGCGGUGACCUGCGCCAGCGCCGGGCGGUGGCGGCGGCUGACGGGGAGGGGGACGGCAAGAUGGGGUCAGGGGGAGAGGAGGCGGAGGUGAAGGGGAAGGGGCAGGGGAGGAAGGAGGCGCUGGGGUGGCUGGAGUGGGGGCGGGGGUGGAUGGGAAUCGUGGGGGAGUUCCUCUUCCAGCGCAUCGCCGCCAGCAACCUCUCCAACCCGCUCGAGCUUCCCCCGCUCGACGGCGUCUCCUUCGUCGUCACCGGCGCCACCAGCGGCAUCGGCCUCGAGAUCGCCAGACAACUUGCACUGGCAGGAGGUCAUGUUGUGAUGGCUGUUAGGAGAACCAAAUUGGCGCAGGAGCUCAUUCAGAAAUGGCAGAAUGAUAAUUCAGAGAUAGGAAAGCCCCUUAAUGCUGAGGUGAUGGAGCUUGACCUACUCUCUCUAGAUUCAGUUGUAAAAUUUGCCGAUGCCUGGAAUGCUCGUAUGGCACCCCUACACGUAUUGAUCAACAACGCUGGCAUUUUCUCUAUAGGAGAACCCCAGCGUUUCUCAAAGGAUGGGUAUGAAGAACACAUGCAAGUGAACCAUCUUGCACCGGCUUUAUUGGCAGUGUUGCUUCUACCUUCCCUUCUUCGUGGUUCUCCUAGCAGAAUUGUAAACGUUAAUUCAGUUAUGCACACAGUAGGUUUUGUAGAUGCUGAAGAUAUGAACUUGACAUCUGGAAAACGGAAAUUUACAAGUUUGAUGGGAUACUCAAAUAGCAAGUUAGCACAGAUAAAAUUUAGCAGCAUGCUUCACAGGAGGAUUCCGGCAGAGGCUGAAAUUAAUGUUAUUUGUGCCUCUCCUGGGAUUGUUCAUACAAAUGUUGCAAGGGAUCUCCCCAAGCUUGUUGUAGCUGCAUAUCAUUUGAUUCCGUACUUCAUAUUCGAUGCUCAAGAAGGUUCAAGAAGUACACUGUUCGCAGCUUCUGAUCCCCAAGUUCCAGAUUACUGCGAGAUGCUCAAGUCUGAAGACUGGCCUGUUUGUGCUUGCAUCUCAUAUGACUGUAAUCCAAUGAAUGCAUCUGAAGAAUCACAUAACCUCGAGACGUCGCAGCUAGUAUGGGAGAAGACAUUAGAGAUGAUUGGCCUCCCACCAGAUGCCGUGGACAAGUUCAUCGAAGGGGAAUCGGUUCAGUGUCGUUAUGGACAACAGAAGGCAGAAUAGGCUAUUUCGUAGACAGCAAAUAUGUGAUAAUUUCGAAUGUUCGAUCCAUUUCAUCAUGCGAUUAGUUUGCCAGUGGUUUUGUUCCAGUACUUUGUAAUAGUACAUCUGUCAUACCCUUUUUUUUGUUUCAUAUGGUUGGUAAAUCUAACUGCGUCAAAUAGAAGUAUGACAAAACAAAGUUCGUUACAAUUUAUCUUUGCCCCUUGUUAAAUGGCAAAACGUUUGUAGAGUUUUGAGUUGUAAAAGCAUAGUCCCUUCAUUCUUUGGGGAUAAUCAAGAUAUUUAUUAUUGUUUGGGGGAAUUAACCGAAACAUUUUCA